AUGUCCGCACUCACCAGUCGGAAUACAGCUGGUUCCAACGAAUCUUCUACAGAUAGAAGACCUGGUAUGUCCCAGUAUAGGCUGAUUGAAGACGUCGAAGACCUAGACAGAUACCACUCCGGAGGAUAUCAUCCUCUACAAGUCGGGGAUGCGUUAGACAAUGCCCGCUAUCGAGUGAUAGACAAGCUUGGGUAUGGAGGAUACUCGACCAUAUGGCUAGCCCAAGACCUGCGAAAAGCUCGAUAUGUGGCAGUGAAAGUGAUCACUGCUGAUGCUAGUGGCUGCACGCAGGAGGCUAGUCUUAUAUCUUCUCUUGGAAACGCACCGUCUAGACCUGGAAGAGGAGUUAUCCCGCCCCUUGUCGACGAAUUUUGGGUUGCCGGUCCUAAUGGCAGGCAUAAGUGUAUCGUCAGUCCGCCUGCAUGGAUGAGCCUAUUUGAUGCCAAAGAGUCUUCAAAUUUGGCGCUUUUCCGACCUAAGGUCGCGCAGUCGAUUAUCGCCCAGCUUAUUCAUGGAGUCGCAUUCCUCCACAGUGAAAGCAUUGUACAUGGCGACCUUCAUUUAGGCAAUAUCUUACUCCAGUUUCCCAAAGCAAUAGAGUGUUUCUCCACGUCGGAACUAUACGAUAAAUUCGGAAAGCCAGAACCAGAGGCUAUUGUCCGUCUCGAUGGAAAGCCAUUGACGAAUGGUGUACCAGCCCAGGUGUUCGUUCCCGGUUGGUUUGGUAUCCGCUGCGAGGAUAUUGAUUUUGGCGACGAGAGGAUUAUCCUAAGCGAUUUCGGGGAAUCAUUCAACCCAAAUAUAUCACCCAAAUUCUACUCGAAGACCCUUCCUCUCCUCCAGCCACCCGAAGCCAGAUUCUCGGACGAGCCGCUCUCCUUUGCGUCGGACAUCUGGACACUUGCCUGUACAAUCUGGGAGAUUGCUGCCCAGCGCCCGUUGUUUGAUGCAUUCUUCCCAGCUGCCGACCGCGUUACCGCAGAGCAAGUCGAGGCACUUGGCGUUUUACCUCCGGAGUGGUGGGAAAAGUGGAGUGCAAGACUGAAUUGGUUCAACGAAGAGGGCGAAUUGAAUUCAAAACCAGGGAUGUCUGCGCGAAGGGACUUAGGUCAGAGGUUUGAAUACUCUAUACAAAAGGCACGGGUUGAGGCGGGCUUAGAGACUAUGACGGAAAAAGAAAAGAGGGCGUUUGAGGCAAUGAUUCGGUCGAUGCUGAUCUAUCGGCCAAACGAAAGAGCAACAGCUCAACAGAUAUUGCACUCAAAAUGGAUGAAAGACUGGGGUCUACCAGCGUUGGAACAGAGCUGGAGUACUUCUACGAAAGAGUUAUGA